AUGAGGAGGGAGAGCCAGGGCAGCGCGGCUUCCGCGGGCAACGAGGGCGACCUGCGGCUGAACCUGGCCCCGCAGCUGGUGCGCCGCGCCGUCCAGCUGUGCCGCGAGCUGAGCGACCCAGCCGCGGUGGUGGCCGCCGCCCCCGGAGGGGGGCGCGACGGCCCUCCGGACGGCGAGGGCCUCGCCGCGGAGCAGCACCGGGACGCGCCGCGGUUCACUGCUCUGCGGAGGAUUCGAACCUCACCAGCUGGAGCGGCUUCGGCACGCCCCCGCGGUCGCCCACGGGGUCGCGGCCGCCGAGCCGCCACGGCACGCUGGAGAGGGGCCACUCGAGCUGCCUGGCCGCGGCAUCGCAGGAGUGCCUGA